UGUGUUGUGUGUCUGAAUGAAGUCUGUUUAAUGUCUUUUGCAAUCUACUUUACUUUUAAACAGUCGUGUGUGCCCGGAUUACGAUGUCUGUAAUAAGAACUAUUCUAAAAACGGCGCUGGUUCUCGGGUUUCUGGUGUUGACAGUUCAGUUUAUAAGAUAUUGGAUGGCAAAUAAACAAUAUGUCUUUACAAAAGAAGAUGUUGCCAAGUUAGCCAGACAGUAUGCAGGCCAGGACCACGAGCAAGCCUUCUCUAAGGUGGUGGUGGAGCUGAGGAAGAGGUAUCCGGGUCACAUCCUGCCCGAUGAGGACCUGCAGUGGGUGUUUGUGAAUGCGGGCGGCUGGAUGGGCUCCAUGUGUCUGCUGCACGCCUCUCUCACAGAGUAUGUGCUGCUGUUCGGGACGGCCGUGGACACGGGCGGACAUUCAGGUCGUUACUGGGCAGAAAUAUCAGACACCAUCAUUUCUGGAACGUUCAGGCAAUGGAAAGAAGGAAGCACUAAAAGCGAGACUUACUAUCCAGGAGACACUAUCGUGCAUGCGGUGGGAGAGGCCACGUCAGUGCAGUGGAGCGCCGGGACAUGGAUGGUGGAGUACGGCCGAGGAUUCAUUCCCUCCACGCUGGGCUUCUCUCUGGCCGACACCGUCUUCAGCACCCAGGACUUUCUAACACUGUUUUAUACUGUACGUGUUUAUGUGAAGAGUAUGAUCCUGGAGGCCAGCACUUUCCUCACUGACUCCGGCGUCCUCUGAAACACACACGUCCCUGUGUUAUUCUGAUAACUGCCCACAACAUCAGCUGGUCGUUUGCUAAUGGAGAACCGACGACUUGUUGAACUGGAUGUAUGGAAAGCACUUAAUGUACUUACUUUUAGUUUUAUUUUCCGUACUGUACAAAGAGUUGAUCAAAUGUCUUUUCUAAAGGUGAGACACAUUUUUGGUCAACACACUGUUUGGGUUUGAACGUGGCAAGAUGUUUUAGCAGCUCGAUACUGUCCAGAAACGGUUAUUACGAGGUAUGGAUAAAACAAUCAAAAGGUAGCUUUCUGUAUUUCCAGAUCACACUCUUUGCACCUUUAAUAUACUGUGAAUAUUAAUUGUUGCUUUAUUUUUCAUAAGAUACAUUGUUCAAAACUGAUCUGUCUCCUGUUCAGCCUGCAGUCGCUCCAGAAUAAACCUAUUAAUUAGUA